AUGUGGCAGACAGGGCCCACCAGGGACCCAAGCCGCCUCCCUUUUGACUUCUGCCAGGACUUCGUCUCCCAGCUCAUCCUGGCCGGCUUCGACAUGUGCACCCUCUGCUACAACAAACAUGUCCGCGCCGACUGGGACGCCUCAUGGGAGCAGGAGAGGGAAAAGAGGCCUGGCGGCGGCUGCAGACCCACGGCCAGGGGAGGCCCAUCCUCCGGCGCCGGCAGCCCGGGGCUCCUCCUGCGUCCUCGUGGGCAUCCCAGGCAGCGCCGCAGUGAACGCAGUGCCACUCGUGGCACCCAGAGAUCCAACGUCCUGAACAAAAUCACGACGGAGGGUUUUCGCUCCUUUCGGCCCCUGCAUGGGGGCCCUCGCCGG